UUGGUUUCAGAUGUUAAGAACUGGGAAAGUCAGUCGCCAUUCGCAUUUAUUCAGUUCGCCGACAUACAAUCAGUGGCAAACUGGGGACGUACAAUUGUAAGCAAUAAGAUCUGGAUUAGUGAGGUACCACCAAGUUGCUCGGCUGAUUAUCUACGUGAAAAAAUGCGUGUAUCUUUCACGGAUACAUUCAGUGAAGUGAUCUAUGAUCCACGUUAUCGGGAAGCGCUUCUGCUGUUCGUCAACAACGAUAGUGCACAACGGGCAUUUUCGUUGAUUAAAAUGAGGCAAAUAGCGUUUUGGAAUGCCGAUGAAAAGAGGGAUGUACAUGUGCCGGUGGAUUAUUGUUCCGAGAAACUGCACGAUUAUUUUGUUGAUCGAAAAUUUCCUUUAAAUGGUACUGGACCGAGCGCCUAUGGCAACGCAGGCAUAUCAGCAUGUCCGGGCAGUGGUUCAUCGCUGGCACUGGCAUCGACGUCAUCCCUGCUGGCACCACCACCGGAUCCGCCAAGCCAUCUUCGUGAUUUCUCGACCAGAUCUCGUCGACGACGUGAAAGAGCACGACGAAACGAUUUCUCGGCAUCGUCAUCUUCAACAUCAACAACAUCCAGUGAUUCGGAUUCGAGCAGUCGAUCGAGUACACCGGACAGGCGUCGAAAUGAGCGUAGCAGUCACUCAAGAAGCAUACAGCGUUCACAUCGAGAU